AUGGCGACGUACGUUGUGACCAGGGUUGUACCUACGGGUUCAGUGUCGUUUUGUGUAAUUCGAAAUCUUCUGUCAGUCAGCAAGAAACCUGGAGCAUUGCUAUCAUGCUACAAUAGUGUUCUGUGUUUGCGUAGGUUUAUAUCCCCAAACAAAGGGGUGCUGAACCCAGCAGUCGCAGAGAAAGCUAAGAAACCGCACUGUAACGUGGGGACAAUCGGGCAUGUCGACCACGGGAAGACAACUCUUACUGCUGCCAUAACAAAAGUCUUGUCUGAAGUUUAUAGCAGCGAAAAUAAAUUCGUAUCUUACGAAGCAAUCGACAAGGCUCCAGAUGAAAUUCGUCGAGGCAUCACGAUAAAUGCCGCUCACGUUGAAUACGUCACGCCCAAAAGACACUACGCCCAUACAGACUGUCCGGGACAUAUUGAUUAUGUUAAAAAUAUGAUAACUGGCACUUCACAGAUGGACGGCGCGAUUUUGGUGGUGGCAGCAACUGACGGAACAAUGCCACAGACCAGAGAACAUUUACUGCUGGCCAAGCAGAUUGGUAUUGAGCAUUUAGUUGUGUUUAUAAACAAGGCAGAUGCCGUGGACAGUGAGAUGCUGGAGUUGGUAGAAAUGGAAGUACGAGAGGUUUUGUCAGAAUAUGGUUUUAAUGGUAACAAGUGUGCAGUAGUUUAUGGGUCAGCACUGCAAGCACUGACAGGAGAAAACCCCACAUUAGGCAAGGAUAAGAUUCUAGAGUUGAUGGAUGCCGUAGAUACACAUAUUCCAACGCCAAUGAGGAACUUAAAUGAGCCGUUUCUGAUGCCUGUAGAGAAGGUAGUGUCAGUUCCAGGCCGAGGCACUGUUGCAGUCGGCACUAUCAAGAGAGGUGUCAUUAAAAAGGGAGAUGCGGCUGAAAUUGUUGGCUUUGGCAAUGUGGUGAAAACAGCGGUUUCUGAUUUGCACGUCUUUGGUCAGAGUAUGAAGGAAUGUGUGGCUGGAGAGAAUGUUGGAGUUCUAAUUAGAGGUGUCAAAAAUGAAUCGCUGCAACGAGGUAUGGUCUUGGGUGCUCCAAAGACACUGACUCAGUGUAAUUCUGUGAGAGCACAAAUGUACCUGUUGACUAAACAAGAAGGCGGACGCACCCGACCAAUCACAAACAAUUACAUACAGAUGAUGUACAGCUACACCUGGAACAUCUCGGCAUGUCUGCGCCUGCCACCGGACAUCAGUCUUCUCAUGCCAGGGGAGGCAGUCCACGGUGAAGUGUUGUUGAGGCUGCCAAUGGUGGCUGCUCCGGGACAGAGAUUCACUAUUCGUGAGAACAAUCUUACCACACUGACAGGGCUUAUCACUGAGAUCCUGCCGCCCAAUGAGCUGAAAGUCAAAGGCUUUAAUGUGGAGAAAAGAGUCACUCACUUCAUAGAAAGCAAUGCUCAGGUAGUCAGGAGUGCCAGGCUGAGGAGGAAGAAGAACACACCUUGA